AUGGACAUCCGCUUGCUGCGCCCGUCGGACAUCCCGCUGAUCCAGCACGCCAACCUCGAGAACCUGCCCGAGAACUACUUCCUCAAGUACUACCUGUACCACGCCCUGUCGUGGCCGCAGCUGUCGUACGUGGCCGUCGACGUGGCGCGGCCGCCCAAGACGCCCUACGACUACCCCAAGAUCGUGGGCUACGUGUUGGCAAAGAUGGACGAGGAGCCGGCGGACGGCGUGCAGCACGGCCACAUAACCAGCUUGUCCGUCAUGCGCACGCACCGCCGGCUGGGCAUUGCCGAGAAGCUGAUGCGCCAGAGCCAGCUCGCCAUGGUGGAAACGUUUGGCGCGCAGUACGUGUCGCUGCACGUGCGCGUGUCCAACCAGGCGGCCAUCCACCUGUACCGCGACACGCUGCGCUUCCAGACGGAGAAGACCGAGGCUAAGUACUACGCCGACGGCGAGGACGCCUACUGCAUGAAGCUGGACCUGGCGUCGAUCCGCGAGCAGGCGACGGAUGAGGCGAAAAAGAAGACCAACGGGCACGGCGGCGGUGAUGGUGACGGCGGGCACGAGGACGAGGGCGAGGCUGUUGGCGACGUCGGGAGGGAUCCCGCCGCCAAGAAGGGUAAGGGUGCUGCUGGCGCCGACAGUAAAGUCAAGGUCAAGGUCGGGAGGGCGCUCGGCGUGGGUGAGCUGGUCGAGAGGGUUGUCCCGAAGCAGUCAUGA